GUGGGGAAAAAACUCUCAGAGCUUACUCGAGAUUCAAGCAACCAGACGUCUGGUUCAGAGCAGGGCAGGUGGCAAGCAGAACUUACCCAAGUAGCAAUAGAGUUGAUUGGGAAAAAAGAACAAAAGUAUUGGAAGGAACAUAGUGUGCUCUCAAUUCACCUUGAAGUUGGAGCUUUGCUAAGGAAAGAGAUGGCAACUGGGAAUGAUUCAACAGUCCCCUCUGAAGCUGCCACUGAAGUUAUAAUGGAUGUGACAGGUACUCAGGUUGAGGGAAUAGGGAACAAUGAUGAUGUUGACUAUGAGCCUAUUGAAGCUGAAGAAAGUGUUCCUUCCACUCCCAUUGGUAGUACCAGUCAUUCUCGAGGAAGACCUCGUGGGUCUGUCAAUAGUGGUAGAGAAAAGAGGAAGAAGGGUGCAGUUGAAAAGGUGGUAAGUCCAUUAAAAUCGAUUGCUAACUCAAUCGAAAAAAUGGUAAUGAGUGAAUCUCAAUCUGAAUUUGGGAGAGCAAUUAUAGAUGCUGUUGAUGCCAUUCCAGACCUCAAUUUCCAACAAAAGUUUAAGGCCAAGAAAUAUUUCAUGGCCAAGAAGAAUUCUGCCAUUAUCUUCUUGGAAACAAGAGUAGAAAAUAGGUGAAAUCUACUUGAGAUGUACUUGCCAGAGAUUGAGAAGAAUUGAGGUGACAAUAGGAAGUGUGAAGAAUUCUAAGACAAUGGUGUGUUUGGUUGAUGUAACUUGAUAUUAUGUUAAGUCUGUGAUAAUAUUUUCUAUUCAUAUUUCCUCUCUUGAAAA